UUUUGUGUUUGUACCCUAGUGAAGCCGUGAUAAUCAUCAGCCUUCCCAUCCCCGGGACCUGGACUCCCCUGUAGCCCAACGAAGGAGACACAGGAGACUGCAGAUGCUGGAACCUGGAGCAACACACAAUCUGCUGGAGGAGCUCAGUGGGUCGAGCAGCGUCUGGGGGAAGCGGGAAGAAUUGUCGGCGUUUCAGGCUGAAACCCUGCAUCGGGGCACCGAUGUGCCUGUCUUGGUCUUGACAAAUUCCUCUUCGCCCAUGUUCGACGGGAAGGUGCCGCACUGGCAUCACUAUGCCUGCUUCUGGAAGCGAGCCCGGGUGGUGUCUCCUGCUGACGUGGACGGGCUGUCGGACCUGCGGUGGGACGACCAGGAGAAGAUCAAGAAGGCCAUCGAGACUGGAGGGAGCGUCGGAGGAGGAGGAAAAGGCAGUGAGCAGGGAGAGGGGAAGGGGGAGAAGACCCUCAGUGACUUUGCGGUGGAGUACGCCAAAUCGAACCGCAGCACUUGUAAAGGCUGCGGCAAGAAAAUCGAGAAGGACACCGUGCGCAUCUCCAAGAAGAUGAUCGACCCUGAGAAACCUCAGCUGGGCAUGAUCGACCGCUGGUACCACCCCGACUGUUUUGUGGGGAGCAGGGCCGAGCUGGGCUUCCUGCCCAGCUACAGUGCCGUCCAGCUGAAGGGCUUCAACACCCUGACCGCUGACGACAAGGCGGAGCUGAAGAAGAAGCUUCCGGCAACCAAGACCGAAGGGAAGAGGAAAGGGGACGAGGUGGACGGGGAAGCCACCAGCAAGAAGAAGAAGAAGAAAAAAGAGGAGAAAGUAGUGAAACAGGAGAAGGAGCUGAAGGAGCAGAGCCAGUUGAUCUGGGGCAUCAAGGACGCUCUGAAGAAGUGUUGCUCCACCAACGACCUGCGGGAGCUGCUCAUCGCCAACGGGCAGGAGAUUCCGUCCGGGGAGUCGGCGAUCCUGGACCGGGUGUCGGACGGGAUGGCGUUCGGUGCGCUGCAGCCCUGCGCCGAGUGCCAGGGACAGCUGGUGUUGAAGGGCUCUGCGUACGUCUGCACGGGGAACAUCACCGCCUGGACCAAGUGCAGCUUCAGCACCCAGCAGCCCCGCUGCAAGGACUGGCUCAUUCCCAAGGAAUUCCACGGCAUCGCCUACCUGAAGAAAUUCAAGUUCAAGCGGCAGACCCGGGUCUUCACUCCUGCCCCUCCAGCUGCCGAUCCCAGCCCCGCUGACACUCCCUCGGCCGUGACGGGCCCGCCGCUGACGAACAUGAAGGUGAUCCUCCUGGGGAAACUCUCGAAGAGCAAGGACGAACUCAAGAGCCUGGUGGAGGAGCUGGGGGGCAAGACCACCGGCUCGGCGAGCAAGGCCCAGCUGUGUGUCAGCUCCAAAAAGGAGGUGGACAAGAUGACCAAGAAGAUGGAGGAGGUGAAGGAAGCCAACAUCCGGGUGGUGUCCGAGGACUUCCUCGUUGACCUCCGGUCGGGGAAGAGCUUCCAGGAUCUGCUUGCGGUCCACGGGAUUUCGUCCUGGGGGGCUGAGGUCGCCUUGGAGGUUCCUGAGCCUCCUGCCGCCGGAAAAUCCGCCGGGAACAAGGCCGUGAAAAACGCCAGCGGCAAAGUCAAGCAGGAGGAAGGCUCCGGCAAGUCGGAGAAGAAGAUGAAGCUGACGGUGAAAGGAGGAGGAGCGGUGGACCCUGAUUCGGGGCUGGAGGACUCGGCGCAUGUCUUCGAGCAGGGCGGCCGGAUCCUGAGCGCCACGCUGGGCCUGGUCGACAUCACUCGGGGCACCAACUCCUACUACAAGCUACAGCUGCUGGAAGACGACAACAGGAAGAGGUACUGGGUCUUCAGAUCCUGGGGCCGAGUAGGGACCAGCAUUGGCGGCAACAAGCUGGAGAAGAUGUCCUCCAAGGAGCAUGCGGUCGAUCACUUCCUGGGCCUGUACGAGGAGAAGACGGGCAACGCCUGGCAGUCCAAGAACUUCACCAAGUACCCCAACAAGUUCUACCCCUUGGAGAUCGACUAUGGCCAGGACGAGGAAGCUGUGAAGAAGCUGACUGCCAGCUCUGGCACCAAAUCCAAGCUGGACAAGGCAGUGCAGGAGCUCAUCAGAACCAUCUUCGACGUGGAGAGCAUGAAGAAGGCCCUGGUGGAGUUUGAGAUCGACCUUCAGAAGAUGCCCCUGGGGAAGCUGAGCAAGAGGCAGAUCCAGAGCGCCUACUCCAUCCUGAACGAGGUUCAGCAGGUGGUUGCCAGCGCUGGGUCGGAGUCUCAAAUACUGGACCUGUCUAAUCGUUUCUACACACUCAUACCGCACGACUUCGGAAUGAAGAAACCUCCGCUCUUGAAUAAUGAAGAGUAUAUCCAGGCCAAGGUCCAGAUGUUAGACAGCCUGUUGGACAUUGAGGUCGCGUACAGUCUCCUCAAGGAUGGCAUGGAAGACGAUGCCAAGGAUCCCAUUGACAUCAAUUACGAGAAGCUGCACACGGACAUUAAGGUUCUGGACAAACACGCGGAUGAAGCCAAGAUAAUUACGGACUACGUUAAAAACACGCAUGCUGCCACGCACAACCAGUACGACCUCGAAGUGUUGGAGAUAUUUAAGAUCAAGCGUCAAGGAGAGGAGCAGCGUUUCCAGCCCUUCAGUGAACUCCACAACCGCCAACUUCUCUGGCAUGGCUCCCGUACCACCAACUUCGCUGGCAUCCUGUCGCAGGGUCUGCGCAUCGCCCCGCCCGAGGCUCCCGUGACCGGCUACAUGUUCGGUAAAGGGGUCUAUUUUGCAGACAUGGUGUCCAAGAGUGCCAACUACUGCCACACCUCCCAAGCUGAGCCAGUGGGUCUCGUUUUACUGGCUGAAGUAGCCCUGGGGAACAUGUACGAAUUGAAACGAGCCAAUCACAUCACGAAGUUACCGAAAGGCAAGCAUAGCGUGAAAGGUGUGGGCAAGACCGCUCCGGACCCUAGCGCGACGAUCAAGUUGGACGGAGUGGAGGUGCCUCUGGGCAAAGGCGUGCAGACGUCCGUCUCGGACUCCAGCUUGUUGUACAACGAGUACAUUGUCUAUGACGUGGCCCAGGUAAACCUCAAGUACCUGCUUCAAUUGAACUUCAAGUACAAGACCUCCCUGUGGUGAAGUCUCUCCCCCUGCCCAGACUUCGGGCAGGAGGAAAGGGCAGGGGAGGGGUGGUGACGGUGACACAAGGUCGGAGGUCAUGCUCCCACCCUGUCUCUCAGCCAGGGAAGUAGGGUGGGGGAGAUCGCCUCACCCCACCACCCCCCCCCCCCCCCACCCCGUCCCCCACCUAAAACUUUAAGCUGACAAAAGCCAUAAAUAAGCAUUGUUAGAUUUUUUUAAAUACAAAUAAGUAAUGCAAGUUAUUUGGGUUGGGUGAUGUUCGAAUGUGAAAAUGGCUGUUAAUUUUAUUCAGCCAGUGAAGUGGCUUAACUGACUGUUAAAACUUUUUGGUUUAACUUGUGAGAAACAUUGUUAGGUUGGGAGGGGGUAAUGGAACUGAGGGGUCGGGGCGUGUCCCCAUUCCUGUGAAGUCUGAGCUAUCAGGAGCCAUGAAGUUUUUUUUUGUAUUUGUCCGUCUGUUUGUCUUCCGUUUGAAAAGUGCUUCUUUCUCCCUCAUUUCUUCCCUGCCACUGUUUUCCUGCAGUUUGUUUCCCCCCCCCCCAUUUUAUAAUUAAGCAAUGAAUAAAGGAUGGCUUAUAAAAAGUA